GCUUGUUUUCGGCGCCGUGGCCCGGCCGUGGUGCCAGACACAAUCGGCCCUUUGGGCUCGGGACGAUGUCGCGCUGAUCAGGGAUUUGCCCCUUUUGCCGGUUCGAACUAUCCUGUCUUCCGUAACGUGAAGGACUACGGCGCAAAGGGUGAUGGCGUUACCGACGACACGGCGGCCAUCAAUGCUGCCAUCAACGCUGGCAAUCCUUGUGGCCGAGGUUGUGCCUCGACGACCAUGACCCCGGCCGUUGUGUACUUCCCAGCCGGCACGUACUUGAUCUCGUCGUCAAUUAUCCCAGCCUACUUCACCCAGCUCAUUGGUGAUGCGAGCUCGCCGCCGACCCUCAAGGCUACGUCGAACUUUGCCGGCUUCGGUCUCAUCGAUGGCAACCCCUACUACACGUCAACCCUCAACUGGAAGUCGGUCAACGUCUUCUUCCGCCAGGUGCGCAACUUCGUCAUCGACACGACGAACAUCCCGCCGGCAACGGCCGCGACAGGGAUCCAUUGGCCCACAGCGCAGGCCACCAGCCUCCAGAACAUCGUCUUCAACAUGCCCGCUACCUCGGAUGUAGUCCACGUCGGGCUGUUCAUGGAGGAGGGAAGCGGAGGUUUCCUAACCGACCUCACCUUCAACGGCGGUGCGACUGGCGCCAGCAUGGGCAAUCAGCAGUAUACCAUGCGGAACCUGAAAUUCAACAACUGCAAGACCGCCAUCAUCCAAAUCUGGAACUGGGGUUGGACUUACCACGGGCUGUCCAUCAACAACUGCCAGGUCGGCAUCGAUAUGUCGGCCGGGGGCUCCAGCGCCCUGAACGUCGGCUCCGUGACCCUCAUCGACAGCAGCUUCACCAACGUGCCGGUUGCCGUGCUCACUGCCUGGACCACGAGCUCCAACCCGGCCACGGCGGGCAGCCUGGUGAUGGAGAACAUCGCGCUGAACAACGUCCCGGUGGCAGUUCAAGGCCCCAGCGGGACGAUGCUUGCCGGCACCACCGGCUCGACAACCAUCGCUGCCUGGGGCAACGGCCACAGCUACACCCCUUCCGGGCCGACCCAGUUCGCCGGAUCGAUCACGGCGAACUCGCGCCCGGCGGCGCUGCUCUCCAACGGGCGGUACUACACGCGCUCGAAGCCGCAGUACGAGACCCUCUCGGCCUCGUCGUUCCUCUCGGCCCGCUCCGCGGGCGCCAAGGGCGACGGCGCCACCGACGACACGGCCGCGCUGCAGAGCGCCAUCAACAACGCCGUCUCGCAGGGCAAGGUGCUGUUCCUCGACUACGGCCUGUACCGGGUGUCGAGCACGAUCCGCAUCCCGCCCGGGGCCAAGAUCGUGGGCGAGUCGUUCCCCGUCAUCCUCUCGUCCGGCGCCUUCUUCAACGACGUCAACAACCCGCAGCCGGUCGUCCAGGUCGGCAGCAGCUCGGGCCAGGCCGGGCAGGUUGAGCUGAGCGACUUCAUCGUGUCGACGCAGAACGUGCAGGCCGGCGCCGUCUGCAUCGAGUGGAACCUCGCGAGCUCCGGGACGCCCAGCGGCAUGUGGGACGUCCACGUCCGCAUCGGCGGCUACACGGGCUCGCAGCAGCAGGUGGCGCAGUGCCCCAAGACACCUGGGAGCUCGACGGUGAACUCGAACUGCCUGACGGCGUUCAUGGGCAUGCAUGUGACCAAGGGGGCCAGCGGGCUGUACAUGGAGAACGUGUGGAUCUGGACUGCCGAUCACGACAUUGACGAUGCGCAGAACACGCAGAUCAGCCUCUACAGCGGGCGAGGACUGUACAUCGAGUCCCAGUCCGGCCCCCUGUGGCUGUGGGGCACGGCGGUCGAGCACUUCGUGCUCUACCAGUACCAGCUGGCCAACACGGGCAACAUCUUCAUGGGCCAGAUCCAGACGGAGACGCCGUACUUCCAGCCGACGCCGAACGCGCUGGUGCCGUACAGCGUGGUGAGCUCGCUCAACGACCCCGACUUCUCGGCGUCGUGCGCGGGCGUGUCGGGCAACUGCGCGGACGCGUGGGCCCUGCGGGUGAUCGGCUCGCACGACGUGCUCGUGUACGGGGCCGGGCUGUACUCGUUCUUCGACAACUACAGCACCGACUGCUCGACCUUCUCGGCCGGCGAGACGUGCCAGCAGCGCAUCGCCUCGAUCGAGGGCUCCGCCUCCAACGUCAACGUGUACAACCUCAACACGAUCGGCGCCCGGAGCAUGCUCAACCGCGACGGCGCGCAGGUGGCGUACUACGCGGACAAUGUGAAUACGUUUGCGUCGAACGUGGCGGUUUAUAAGAGCGGUUAG